CCGGGGGGCCAGUCGCUUUUCCUCUCGGAGAGCAGCUGGGCUGUCCCGCUGUAGGCAGCCAGCGGCUUCGUCCCGGCCCGGCACCCGCCUCAGGCUCCUCUCGACUUCUCCCCCCUAGUCCCGUGUCCUGGUCCCGCUGCUGUCGCUCCAUGUCGGCCCCGCUGCCCGGCUCCCCGCUGCAGGAUGGAUGUGGACGCUAAGCAGGGACCCACCCCGCCGCUGGCCCAGCAGCCGCCGCCAAGCCCCGCUGUGAGGAGCCCUUGGGACCCUCCUCUGUUGCAGCAGCAGCCGGACGCGCUCCCCGCUCAGUGACACCUCCCAUCCUCUCAGCAGCGCUACCCCGAGCCCCGCAGCACCAUGUCGGAGGGCGCCGCAGAGAGCAGCAGCCCGGCCCCCCGCUUCCUGGCUCCCCCGCCGCCUCCGCCCAAGAACGGCUCUAGCUCGGACAGCUCCGUGGGGGAGAAGCUAGGAGCCGUCGCUGACCAUGAUGGCUCGGGGGCCGGAGGAACAGGCGGCGAGGUGGGAGGCGGGGGCCGGAGCGAGGAAUACCGGCGUCGCCGUCACACCAUGGACAAGGACAGUCGUGGGGCUGCAGCCACCGAGCACCGCUUCUUCCGCCGUAGCGUGAUCUGCGACUCCAAUGCUACAGCUCUGGAGCUCCCUAGCUUGCAGCCCGCAGCACCCCCGGCCGUCGCCACUCCCGGGAGUAUCACCCCGCUGCUGGGCUCCCCUCCUGAACCCGCUAGCCAGACCCCCUGCAUCUCUGUCACCCACGUCCCCCUGCUAUUGUUGCAACAGCCGUCUCUGUCGCUUCCCCACGAGGAGCAACCCAUUCAGGAGCCCCCUGCAGCAGAGGACAUCGCCCCGCUACUGCCCAAAGGAGAGGCAGAGGAAGCUGCCCCCUUACCCCCUACCAACACGGCAGGCAGUGCAGCCACCGCCAGCCGGGAGCUCCAGAACCGACAGCAAGAGGAUAUCGAGGAGUUAGAGACCAAGGCGGUGGGCUUCUCCCUUGAGGGCCGCUUCCUCAAAUUCGAUAUUGAGAUUGGAAGAGGCUCCUUCAAAACUGUCUACAAGGGGCUGGAUACCGAGACUACGGUGGAAGUUGCCUGGUGUGAACUACAGGAUCGGAAGCUGUCAAAGUCAGAGCGGCAGAGAUUUAAAGAAGAAGCUGAAAUGCUGAAAGGGCUCCAGCAUCCUAAUAUUGUUCGAUUCUAUGAUUCCUGGGAGUCUACAGUGAAGGGAAAGAAAUGUAUUGUUCUUGUGACAGAACUCAUGACAUCUGGAACGUUGAAAACGUAUUUGAAAAGGUUUAAAGUGAUGAAAAUCAAAGUACUACGAAGUUGGUGCCGUCAGAUAUUGAAGGGCUUGCAGUUUCUGCACACGCGCACUCCUCCCAUUAUCCACCGGGACCUGAAAUGCGACAACAUUUUCAUCACUGGCCCCACUGGAUCAGUCAAGAUAGGAGACCUGGGUCUGGCAACUCUGAAACGAGCCUCCUUUGCCAAGAGUGUGAUAGGUACCCCAGAGUUCAUGGCACCCGAGAUGUAUGAGGAGAAAUACGAUGAAUCCGUUGAUGUAUAUGCUUUUGGGAUGUGUAUGCUUGAGAUGGCCACGUCUGAAUAUCCUUAUUCUGAGUGCCAAAAUGCUGCGCAGAUCUACCGUCGAGUGACCAGCGGAGUCAAGCCAGCUAGCUUUGAUAAAGUAGCAAUUCCUGAAGUGAAGGAGAUCAUCGAGGGAUGCAUCCGACAAAACAAAGAUGAAAGAUAUGCUAUCAAGGACCUUUUGAACCACGCUUUCUUCCAGGAAGAGACUGGUGUGCGGGUAGAACUAGCAGAGGAAGAUGAUGGAGAGAAGAUUGCCAUCAAGCUCUGGUUACGAAUUGAGGAUAUCAAAAAGCUUAAGGGCAAAUACAAGGACAAUGAGGCAAUAGAGUUUUCCUUUGACUUGGAGAGAGAUGUCCCAGAGGAUGUAGCACAAGAAAUGGUGGAGUCAGGGUAUGUCUGUGAAGGGGAUCACAAGACAAUGGCCAAAGCGAUCAAGGACAGAGUGUCUCUGAUCAAGCGAAAGCGAGAGCAGCGUCAGUUGGUGCGAGAAGAGCAGGAGAAAAGAAAGCAGGAAGAAAUCAGUCAGAAGCAGCAGUUGGAGCAGCAGCUACAAACAAAUGCUACCCAGGCAGGGGCAAAGCACCCUCCAUCUGCCACUGGUAUCACUGCCAUCCCCACUACUUCAGCAUCAGUGUCCACACAAGUAGAGCCUGAAGAGCCAGAGGCUGAUCAGCACCAACAAUUGCAAUAUCAACAGCCCGGCAUAUCUGUUCUGUCUGAUGGGGCAGUUGACAGUGGUCAGGGAUCAUCUGUUCAUACUGAAUCAUGUGUGACUAGCCAACAGACUGUGUCCUAUGGUUCCCAGCAUGAACAGACUAUCUCAACAGCUACAGUCCAGGGAUACACAACUUCAGUUGGCCAAGUGCAGUCUCAACAACAUGGAGGAUAUCAGCCACCCACAGUGCCUCAACGUGGUCGUAGCAUGUCAGUUUGUGUCCCCCAUCUUUCUGCUGUUCCCUCUCUGCCCUGCAUCCUUCCCAGUAUUCCUUCUACCCCACCGCCAGCAUUGUGUGCACCUCUUUCUCCUUCCUACCUUCGGACUGCCCCUGAGGAAACCUUUGCAGAAAAGCUUUCUAAAGCACUGGAGAAUGUCCUGCCCAUGCACUCUGCCUCUCCACGCAAGCACCGACGCUCCAGCCUGCCCUCCCUCUUUGUCAGUCCUCCUCAGUCUCUGGUGCAUCCGUGUGGGGGAACACCAACGUUCCCAGAUUCACAGAUAUUUUUCCCAACCAUUCAUGAACGGCCAGUGUCUUUCUCGCCACCACCUGUCUGCCCACCGAAGGUCACCAUUGCUCAGCGGCGCAAGAGUACCUCCUUCUUGGAAGCCCAAACAUGCCACUUCCAGCCCUUGCUGAAAACUGGCCAGAGUUUACUUCCACCUGGUGGUAGCCCCACAAAUUGGACACCAGAGGCAGUCGUUAUGCUGGGCACUACAGCUCAUAAGGUCACUGGAGAGCCCCUACAUGUGCAAGUCAGUUCAGCACCUCCUGAGGAUGCUCACUAUAGAAUGCCACAAGAAGCAGUGUACUUAGUGGGCAUGCACUACCAGCCACAGUUGCCAGAGCAUUACGAUACAGUAGCAUAUAAUUCCUAUGGGACUGAACAGUACUUGAAACAGGUGCCUGAACAGAAGCAUGUGCAAGGUGGCCCUCUUCAGAGCUCUGUUUAUGACUGCCAAUCUGGGCAGACCUUCCUGCCAAGACAUUUACAGAGCUUGAGGCUGGAUUCUGGAAUGAGCCCACUUUCACCAUUGUCCAGUGUUUCAUCUCCAUUAAGUGCAGAUUCCACACAGAUGAAAUGUCACCAGGUAUUUGUUCCUCAUUCUGCACCUGCUGUGCUUACUCACAGUGGUGAUGGCAGAACAAGCUGUGUUUUUGAGUUCCAUGUACACACACCAAAUUCGGCUCCAGGAGAAGGGGGUAUCUUACCCCAACGUAUUUACAGAACCUGCCGGGGGUCAAUGGAUUUUAAUCAGGAGGAGUCCACUCAGGCAACAGGGUUGCAUGGUCGCCUCCAGCCUGUGACAGAGGAACUGUGUAACUAUCUUGUUCCCGAGCUAACAGUACCCAGAGCGGGAUCUAUCAGAAAGAGCUGGCCAGAAGGAAGUCCAGAAUACUCAAGUGAUUCAUCACAGCUGACUUCCUCUGACACUGGUGAUUUCCAGUCUCCUCCCCCAACAGGGGUGUGGUCUACAGCUUUUGGUUCAGACUUCUCGUUGCCCAUUGUCCCAUUGCCUCAGAAGGUAUUUCAAGAGUCGCAGCUCUUCAUCUGUUUCCAACAGGGAGCCUCAGCUCAGCAGGCCUUGUCCACCUCGCUUUCAUCAGGACCACCUGCACUCUACCCUCAGACACAGGUGCAAGGCCAGCCAGUCUCAAGUAGUAUAUCAGUGGGGGUACCAUGCCAGCCUACACAGCAAAGUCAGCAGAGUGCACAGCAGCUGGCUCCUUCCCAGCAGACAGGACAGUACCAGCUGCAGCAGUCAUCCGUUUCCAGUGGAGCUACCCCAUCACAACCAGUUUCUCAAACUCAGACUCCACUGAUCAUGCCGAUGCCUCAGGUACCAGCUGGAACUCAGCUUCCUGUUUCCCAAGCAGUGCCGAUCAUCCAAGGCGAACCUCAAUUACCUGUUGCAGCACCUUCUCUCCCUCAACCUUCAAUUGCCCCAACCAUCCCCAUUGGCUCUCAUUUUCUCCCUAUGGGACAGCCCUUGUCAACCUCCCUGCUCACCCAGUUCUCAGUCUCUCAGCUCCCCAUAGCAGCAUCUCAUGCGUCAGUGGCUCAGCCAGGCUUCCAGUCUCUGCCUAUCUCUAUGGCAGCUGGCAUUAACCAGCCACUUCUCACUCUGGCCACAUCUGCUGCAGCAGCUGCUAUCCCUAUAGGAUCAACCAUUGUCCCUAGCCAGCUUCCAGCUGUUCUACAGUCUGCGGCCCAGCUGCCCAGCCAGGUUCUCCCACAGCUCCUGCAGCCAGCUGUUCAGUCCAUGGGAUUACCAGCCAGCCUUGGACAAGCUGCUGAAGCUGCACUUCCAGCUGGAGAUGCUUUGUAUCAGGGCUUCCCACCUCGGCUGCCGCCGCAAUACCCAGGAGACUCAAAUGUUGCUCCCUCCUCUGCUGUGGCCUCUGUUUGCAUACCUUCUGCAGUACUGUCCCCUCCCUUACCCACUGAUGCAUUGGCUCAGCCAGGCUAUCUUGCUGCAAUGGUGCAGCCUUAUGUGGAACAGAACAUUUUAGUUCCUCUGGGCGGUCUAGGAGGACAGGUUCAAGUGCCACAGCCUGCAGUGAGUUUAGCACAGCAGGUCUCAUCUGCGUCUUCACAGCAGGGAGCUUUAGAGAGUACUCAGGGAGCCUCACAGGCUGCUCCUUCAGAAUCUGUACCAUCAGCACAGCAACAGCUUGCACAGACUACCCCAUUGGUCUCCUCACUAGACAGUGCACAUUCUGAUGUUGCUUCGGGCAUGAGUGAUGGGAAUGAGAAUGUGCCAGGAUCUAGUGGGAGACAUGAAGGGAGAACCACCAAACGCCAUUAUCGGAAGUCUGUACGCAGCCGCUCUCGGCACGAGAAGACUGCUAGACCAAAACUGAGAAUUCUCAAUGUUUCAAACAAGGGUGAUCGGGUGGUUGAGUGCCAGCUAGAGACACACAAUCGGAAAAUGGUUACUUUCAAAUUUGACUUGGAUGGUGACAACCCGGAGGAAAUCGCAAUAAUUAUGGUGCAGAAUGAAUUUAUUCUAGCAACUGAGAGAGAUUCAUUUGUAGAGCAGGUACGAGAGAUCAUUGAGAAAGCCGAUGAAAUGCUCAGCGAGGAUGUCAGUGUAGAGCCGGAAGGUGAUCAGGGCUUGGAGAGUAUGCAGACGAAAGAUGACUGCUUCUUUCCAGGGUCCCAGAAAUUGGAGGGAGAGUUCAAACAGCCAGAUCCUGUAUCUUUCAUGCCGCAGAGAAUUGGUGUUCCUCCCAGCUCUUUCACCCAGGUUGUCCAUUCUGCUGGAAGACGGUUUAUUGUCAGUCCUGUCCCAGAGAGUCGGUUAAAAGAACAGCAGUUUUUCACCUCUUCUAUUCCUGCAGGAAAGGAACUUCCAGAUAUUGUUGCUUCCUCUUCAUCACAUGGUCCUGGGAUGAACCUGUCUCAUUCUGCCUCAUCACUCAGUCUGCAGCAAGCUUUCUCUGAGAUCAGGCAUACUCAAAUGACAGAAGGACCCAGUACAGCUCCUCCAGUUUUUAACCAAACUAUACCACCAUUUCCACCUGUACUUGCUAACAUGGCUGGGAGUCUACCAUCUACAUCAGUGGCUCCUCUCCCAGCAUCUCCCCCUUCCACCACUGGUAUUGCUCUUCCAGUAGCUCAGUCUGUUGUUCCCCUGCCUACAGAAAAGGUGCCAGCUGGAGUUGCACCAAGCACAGGUGUUUCAGGCUCCAGCUCUCCCACAACAUCACAGUCUGGGCACCAAUUAAUUGGUGGAGUGACUUCCAGUAUGAGUGCACCUGCUUCUUUUUCAUUAACUGUUACAUCGCAGACUGCUCAACCACUGACUGAAGAAGUUGUCCCUAAUAUCAGCGCACCUGCUUCUUUAACAUUGCCACCAACACAACAGAUUCCUGUCAUGGUUGGCCCCAGUGUUAGUGCCCCAAGUGCUGUACCCCCACCUGCGACAUCUCCGCCUGCUCAACAGAUUUCAAGUAGUAUGGAGUCUGUGGCAGCUCCGCAAACAUCUGUAGCCCCAACUAUGGCUCAUAAUGUGACUUCACAAACUCCUCAGCUCAGCAGCAGUAGCUCCACCCCCAGUCUUGCAGAAACAGUUGUUGUAAGUGUGCUACACUCAAAGCCUGAGGAUGGACAAUCAGUAGAUAAAUCGAAGCUGUGCAGUGCAGCUGGCUUGUCCCUUCCUAUCUCUGCACCAUUGUCCUCUGCAGUGGCAUCAAGUAUAUCUAGUUCAGUCCCUCAGCCUGCUGUGGUGCAUCCUUUACUCAUCCCAUCAGCAGUUGCAUCAACACCUGUCCUACCCCAGGCAGCAGCUGCAAUCUCUACCCCCAUAUUACCCCAGGUUCCUUUAUCUGGCAUCCUACCACUGACGCAGCCAGUUGCUAACUUGCCUGCAGUACAGCAGACCUUGAUACACAGUCAACCUCAACUUGCUCCGCUACCCAAUCAACCUCAUACUCAGUGUCUGGAGGCUGAUGUUGACACUCAACCCAAAGCUCCUGGCAUCGAUGACAUAAAGACCUUGGAAGAAAAGCUACGAUCUCUAUUCAGUGAACAUGGCAAUGUUGGAGCACCACAUCCACCAGUAUCUCUGGAGACAUCACUGGUAAUGGAGACUACAGUCAUGCCUGGUGUACCAACGACUGCUGUUGCACCAACUAAACCUAUGACCGCCACUACCAGCUCUAGUAUACCACCAGUUAGUUUGCCCCUUGGACCAGCUGGCUUACCAGUGAUGACAUCAGUUGCCACACCUGGUCAGGUGGGCAUUCCUGUCACCUAUGUUCCAGCAUCAGGCAGCAUUGCAACAGCAGCAGUGAAACCAGUGACCCCUCCCUCAAAGCCACCUCUUAGCAGGGUACCGGUGCUACCGGUAGGUUUUGAACUUCCAGCUGGCACUCCAUCCAGCGAACAGCUGCCACCCUUUCCAGGACCUUCACUAACUCAGUCCCAGCAGCCUCUAGAAGAUCUGGAUGCUCAGUUGAGAAGAACCCUCAGUCCAGAGACUGUCCCAGUGACAUCUGCUCCUGCCUGUCCUAUGCCAGCAAUGGCUUCUACAGCAGUUACUGGAGUGGUGUCUGCACCAGCACAGCCCCUGAAAGAAGCAUCACAGGAUGCAGACAGCAGUGCAACGACUACCACUGCAGGAGCUGGAGUUUUUAAGAUGGGACGAUUUCAGGUGUCUGUGGCAGUGGAUAGUGUACUGAGGGAGAGUGACGGUAAACCUGAAGAAACUAAGCCUGUGCAUUUUGAGACAACCUCCUCUGAUUCAUCUUUGUCUGGCAGCAGUCCAGAGAGUACGCUUGUGAAGCAGACUUCCAAUGGGACAACAGAGGCUACCACUGGUACCUCCUUAGAUGUGACAGAUGAUGCUGUUUCACAGACCUUUCCUGUCAUACAAUUGCCAUUAGAGGCUGGGCAGCCAACUAAAGUUGGGCGCUUUCAGGUGACGACAACAACAGACCAAGUGGGUCGCUUUUCUGUGUCCAGGACUCAAGAUGAGCUCACCUGUGUGGAGAGAGAACCCCCAAUGACUCUUCCUCUUUCUGUGGAUUCAGAACAAAUUUCUCUUCCAGCCAUGACUCCAAAGAAAGAGGUUCCAGAAUUGGUGGAGCCAAGGCAGUCUCCGCUUAUGAAUGGGCCAUCAUCUGAUCUGGAGGCUGCCUUCCUGAGUGGAGCGGCUCAGGAACUCGAUGAUGGCUCAGGUAGCCCAGACUCUCUCCAACCACUGGGUUCAAAGAUCAGCCUCCCCAUCCAAAGCUUUAGCAACUCGUUGAAUUCUUCCUACAUGAGCAGUGAUGAGUCAGAUAUUGAAGAUGAAGACUUGAAAUCAGAGCUACGCCGGUUGCGGGAAAAGCACUAUAAAGAGAUCCAGGAGCUGCACAGUCGCCAGAAGCAGGAGAUUGAAUUGCUGUACACCAAACUGGGAAAGGUCCCCCCUGCAGUAAUCAUCCCCCCAGCUGCUCCUCUCUCAGGGAGAAGGAGGAGACCUACUAAAGGAAAAGGCAGCAAAUCCAGCCGCAGCAGCUCCCAGGGUAAUAAGAGCCCUCAGCUGCUAGGCAAUCAGUCUUCUCAGAGUGCCCCCUCAGUCUUGCCCCCCCAGCAGACCCUUCAUCCUCCUGGAAAUGUCCCAGAGAUUGGGCAGAACCAUCUGUUACAGCCCCUUAAACCAUCUCCUUCUAGUGAGAACCUCUACUCUGCCUUCACCAGUGAUGGUGCUAUUUCGGUACCAAGCCUUUCUGCACCAGGCCAAGGCUGUGCGAAGUUUAACUGUGCAUCUGAGCGGGUGACGUUCAAGCCUGGUGGCAGGAGGACCCGAUUUCUGAGGAAGAUGGUGAAAAAAGUCUGUCCUUGCAACCAGCUCUGUAGGACCAGCAGCACCAACACAGUUGGAGGUACAGUGAACAGCCAGGCAACCCAAUCUCAGCCUCCUGCCAUAACUUCCAGCCGGAAAGGGACUUUCACAGAUGACCUGCACAAGUUGGUAGACAACUGGGCCCGUGAUGCUAUGAACCUCUCAGGAAAGAGAGGUGGCAAGGGGCAUAGCAACUAUGAGGGCCCUGGAAUGGCAAGAAAGUUCUCAGCACCAAGCCAGCUAUGUAUUUCUAUGUCAUCCUCCCUGGGUGCUACUCCUAUCUCUGCAGCAUCAGCUACCUCUCUAGGUCACUUCACAAAGGCUAUGUGCCCUCCACAGCAGUACGGUUACCCAGCCGCGCCCUUUGCAGCUCCCUGGAGUGGGACAGGUAGUCCAGCACAACCACCCCUUGGUCAAUUCCAGCCUGUAGGAGCUGCCUCUUUGCAAAGCUUCAACAUCAGCAACUUGCAGAAAUCCAUCAGCAACCCCCCAGGCUCCAACCUUCGGACCACUUAGCCAGACCCAGAGACUCUGCUGGGUAGAACUUGGGACAGGAGAUGGGGAGGGAGUUAGGGCUACUAGUGCUGCACUGAACUGGCUAUUUCUGCCAGAAUGGGAAUGAGCUUCCCUUUUCCAACCAUUGCUGUCAGCUCUCGGUAAGGAGAGUUUCUCCAUUUCUGAAGGGGGAGGAGGGUGAUGAGCAUGAACACUCCUGCUCUUGCAUAAGAUGAGCAAUGAAGAUAGAAGUCACUGGAUCAGUGUGAUCUCACUGUAAAAGUACUUCGGUUUGAGUCUGAAUCCACAUGUGCUGAGAUGGAGAGUUUGCUCUUAGCAUGAGGUUUUAACACACUUCUCAUCUUCCCUGAAGAAUCAAGGCCAGGAGAGAAGCUGUCCAAAUCUCCCUCCUCUCCCCCAAACAAUCCUCCUUACCUCCUGAGCGGUAAGACACACAAAUGGACUUGCAGUGCAGCCCAGGCUUGGAGAGAUAGGUCAUUACUGCUUUAAGUAAAAGAUAUUAACAGCUUUGACUGCAGCAUUAGAGCAAUUUAAAUUGUUUAAAAAUAAAUUUUAAAAAGUUCCCUGCGGACAUGUACUUACCAUCAGUUUUGAUGUGGAAACACUGUGAUAUAUAAAUGUUGUUGGACAACAGUAGUUUAAAAAUGAGUGGAAAAUAGAGGGUUAAAAAAAGUUAAAAAUUAAAAAUGGAAAAAAAGCUAGCUAUAUCCUAUACUUAUUGGAGACACUUUAACUUUUUCCUUUGUAUUUUCAUUGUAUUAGAUAAAUGUGAAUGUAAAAUUGUAUAAAUUAAUGUACUUGAAUACUUGUCUGUUCUCCCAGUAUGCUUGCUGGAUAUUUUAGUGCCUUGGACUUUUAUUGCUUCUGCAGUUAGCAUCGCUUUCUCAGCAGGUCCCAGCUGGUCAGAGAGCAAGUUAAGGGAAGAAUGGACUAUUUUGUACCUAGUGACUGAGAUACCAAAGGGUUACCUAUAUAUAUAGACUAAUAUAUAUAGUCCUACUGUAACUUCGAUAGGGAGGUGUUGGAAGGAGGGAGAGCCAUUGAGGCUGUAGGUUGGAACAGAGCUUUGGGUGGUGGGGAAACCUGUCCAUGUUGACAGAGUAAGAAGUUGAUGGCACAGUGCUAGUGUAACAAGGGGUGAUAGGCAGAAGUGAUGGAGGGGGAAGAGGAAGCUGGAAUGAAACUAACAAAUACUGCCUAGAGCCUUAAGAGGGCUGGAUCAGAACAGAGGAUGGGAAGAAAGUGCAUAUUUUGGAGAAGUUCAACUUUAGAAGUGUUUUGACUAUUAAGCUGUGAUAUGGAAAGUGGCUAGGUGAGGGUGUGUAUGGAGGUGGAGCCAUUACCCUUAGGGGGAUGGAGUUAUCUGCUGGGAUUGCUUUUCUUACCUUUUUUUUUUUUUUGUAUCCAUUCGUGCUAGGAGUAGACUUUCCUGGUGCGAUGUCCAUUGCCGGCAAUGGAUGCACUCGAAACAGCCGGCAUCAAGGAAUUCCCUGUUUUAAGCAUGCAGAGGACUUAUGAUUUUGUUCACUCUAAAGAAUUCAAACUGGUACCAGGACCAUAACUAACUGUGCCAUCUUUUAGUAGCUGUAUUGUACCUUCUACUUCUCAACUCAUUUUCCCUUUUUCAUACUGAAAAAUACUGGUUCCCUGUUCAAUGUAAUAAUACUGCAACCAACCAGUAUUACUCUGUAGUGCUGCAACAAGCUGUGAAGGGUCAAAGUACUGCUUCCUGGUACUUGGGAGUAGCUCAGUGGUGUCCUGGAAGUCUCUGCACCAAGGAAAUCUUACUCACACGAAUUUUCUGUGAGCACUGCUCCCUUGUGGGGGGUCUAACUAGGGAGUUUAUACUUUCUGUGGAUGUUUUGCUCUUAUCUCUAAAAACAAACGCACAGGAUCUGUUUCUUUCCCUUCACCUGGUUUUGAUGUUUACAGCAGCUUUGUCAGCCAGGAUACCACUGGCAUAUAUAGGUUGGAAAUGAAGAGUCUGUGGGUGGAGGCUAGUGGCAAGGGGGUUGGGUUCUAACAGUUUCUCAGUAGAUUUUUUUUUUUUUUUUUUAAUUCUUGGUAAAUAACACAGGCGCUGUAGAACCACAGAACGAGAUAAAAGGUCUCACCGUUGUGUAUGUGUGGUUGGAAGAGGAAGAGAAAAUGUCUGCUGGUAAAAUUAAUCAGAAAACCUCUGCUUUCUGGUUAAAAUGACUGGAGAGGAGGCUCCUGAAUACACCAAGUAUGGGUAGGGAAAACAAUGCUCUGUGUAAUGGAGUAAUUAUACGGCUGAAGCAGUAACAGGAGUGGGGCAACACUUCGUGGCAGAAGAACUGAUCAGCUGAAUGCAGCACAUGGUUAUUUAAUUAUUUUGAUUUAAUAAGUUUGAGGUCGGUUUUUCACUUCACGUUAUGCAAGAACUGGUUUUAUUUACCAUUGAUUUCCCUCCUGUGGAUGAAAUAACUGAAGUCUAGAGGAAUAAACUAAUGCUACUGAACUGUUAAAUUAUUUUGUGUUAAUAUUACACUUUGAGUACCUUUUUUCCACAUAAAAUCUGUUUCUGAAUUACAAAUGUUUUCUUUACAUUAUUUAACGAUGUACACUGUAAAAAACAAAAAUACACACAAAUAAAAUGAAUUCAAACUUUGGGCUUCCGUGGCCGUAGUUAAUUGUAUGUUUUGCACUAAAUCCAGGCAUUGCGCUUCUUGUACGAUUGCGCUUUGUGCUGCAGUUUGUUACCUUUGUAGAAUAUUUAAUGAAAUCAUUCAAAUAAACCAAACCUGCUUUUGUUGAA